GUGUUUAUUUUGACGUUUGUGGCAUUGUCUCGAUACAACCUGUCAGCGGGCAAUUUAAUGGCGUAAGUGUGGAUGGGGAAAGUUAAUGAAUGUCUUGCGCAUGCUGAAAAGUGUACGGAGACACUUGGGCAAGGUGAUCAUUUGCGCACAACAAUAGGAGAACGUGGAUGGGGCGCGCGGCGUGGCUGUAACAAAAACUAAGUGUGGGACGCAGGGCUUUCGCGCUUUCCGUGGCCGAAAGUUGGACUUUUCCAAGACGAGCUUAUGGCCAGGCAUGGUCCGUACGCGGCUGAUUUGGGCUGCAGUAGACGCCAGAUAGAUUGGGCGCAGAAGCUGUUGUUAAAUAUCCUCGUUUUCCCCCACCCCCUCUCUGAGACCUUAAUCGCAUUCGACAAUGUUUGGCUUUCACAAGUCCAAGAUCUAUCGGAGCCACGAAGGUUGUUGCAUUUGCAAGACCAAGUCGUCCAGCUCUCGGUUCACGGACAGUAGCAGAUACGAAGAGAACUUCAGGCUGUGUUUUGGGCUUGUGGAAGAUCGCGUAGGAGACAUCUGCAAUGCAUGUGUCCUGCUGGUGAAGAGAUGGAAAAAACUUCCGCUUGGAUCCAAGAAGAACUGGAGUCAUGUGGUAGAUGCAAGAGCGGGCCCUGGCUUCAAGCUGACCAAACCUAAAAAAGUGAAGGGCAGUGAUGGAAAGAAGAGCAAGCUGGGACAACUACACAAGCUGAAGAGGCGGAACUCGGAUGCCCACAGCACAACCUCCAGCACGUCGCCCUCUCAGUCGCCCAGUUACAGCAACCAGUCGGAUGACGGUUCGGACGUCGAGGCUAAACGGAGACACUCGACCCCGGCCCUUUUCUCCUUCCUGGACCUCACCUACUGGAAGAGGCAGAAGGUGUGCUGUGGGAUCGUCUACAAGGGUCGCUUUGGCGAGGUGAUGAUCGACCCCCGUCUCUUCAAACCCUGCUGCAGCUCCAAGAAGCAGGAGACACUGCCACCACCUCCUGAUGCCCACCCCGACCCUCUGCCAGAGGACCUGAAGGAGAGCUGGUGAUUGGCAUCCAUGAGGUCCUCCUCAGCAUCCCUUAGCUUUGUCUCCAGUGGCAGACUACACCCCACCCCUUCCCCCAAGCCCCCCGAGACCUGGUCCUUACUAGUUUGCUGAAAGUCAGUUGGAGCUAGUGUCACUAUUAUAAUAAUCUUUUGUAAAGUUGUUUGUUUCUUUCUUUCUUUGUGAUAACAAAGACAAAGAUGUUUUUAAACUAUGGGCAUUAGUGAGAUAUUUAUAGGACCCAGGAGGCAUAGAUAUAUAUGGCCUUAAAAGGCAGGUUUUUCUUAUGCAUUUGUCUGUACAUUCUUUUUUUAUAUAUAUAUAUAUAUCGCCAGUAUCUGCAUUUGUAAGUUAUACUCUAGUGCGUUGAUUGCCUCCUGUACAUUGUUUUGGUUACGUUUCCUGCAGUCUGGGGAAAGGUUUGUACUAAUGUGAGCAGAAUUCCAGCAGUGAAUCCCGUAGCUCAUUGUAAAUUUGAGCUGAUUAUUACUAGAAGCCACGUUGUGGUAUCAUUUUGGAAGCACUUGCCCUGUGUUUCCCCCCUCCUCCCAUUCUCUUUGUUCCCCAUUUAAGUGUUGCUUUCGCUUUGAGUUAUUUUUGCUGCCUUUUUAAAAAAAAAAAAAAAGUUUCAGAAUUAGACAGACUUCCACACGCAGCGGCUUGGAAUUUGUCGGGAAUUCACUUGCGACCUUUUACACCCCCACCGCCCUGUGCCACUUAAAAGCUGGUUUUGGUUCCAUGUCAUACACGCCGUUUACCUGUCAACGACGGCACGGCGAUCGUUUUACUAGGGGAGAGCAAGUGGCUUGGGUUACAGCACAACCUUUGAUACGGGUGUUGCGUAUUUGCAGCAGAUGAUAUGCAGAAAAUCACUCCUGUAUUUGCCUAUAAAUAGCGAUGAGCAUUAACACGAAUGUCGUCUUCCAAAAAAACUGAUGCAAAGUGGUGUACUGAUACUGUAAAAUAUUAAUACUGUAAAUAGUUACAAUGGUUAAGAAUAUUGCAUAUAGUGGACGGAUAAACCUCUAGCCUGGAUAUGAUUCUACAGUGAAAUAUUAUAACUCAUGUUUGUUCAGAUUGUACCAUUUUUGUGAAGAUCUGUAAUGAUACGGGUGGGUGCGACCUUAUGACAUGAUAUUAGCACUGGUCAUGGUGGUAAAAUUGCCAUUUUGGGCACUGGACAGAUUCAAGAAACAUUAAAGGGUAUUGUGAGAACUACAUGUCCUUGUUUGGCUUUCAGACGUUUGUUUAUUACAUGUUACCGGCACGUUUUGUGUGUGUGAAUAGGAUCCGUCAGCCUAAACACGGCCGAGGUGUUUCCCUGUUUGUGUCAUUCAGGGGAACUUCAGCUUAAAACCAAAUCUACUCCUUAUUGCAAUAAAUAUUAUUUGUUAUGAGUCCCUUUACAGUAAACAACAGGAAAUUGGUUUCUUGAAUUGUUCAGUCAUUUCUUGGGGACUUCUAAUCUAGGGAGGCUAAUAAUAAAUUGCAACCCUCCGUGAAAGUUAAUACCGAGCACCAAAGCCCAUUUUUAUAAUUCUGUGACCAAUGUCGCGUUUGUGUUUAUUGCCUGAUGUUUGAGUCGGCCAAUUAAAAGCAAUUGAAUGAAGCUUUAUCUUCCGCGCCUUGUAUCCGUACCACUCAGAAGUGCAUGUGUGAGUCUUUUUUAUUAUUACACUACUUGUAUUCAGAUGGGCUGCAUCCAUCAAAUUGUCAUCCGGAUAAUGUUCUUUGGUGGGGGGGGGGGGGACACUAGACUGUAUCACCUUUGGCCUAGAAGUGGUUGGCUUCUGCAAUUUCAAUACAUAGGAAUUAAUAACACAAUAUAGAUCUUGGGUUACAUUUUAAAUCAUUGUUUCAAGCUUUCCUUGCAGUUUUUGGACAAGGCUCUCUGGCAAUGAAAGGAAUGUGCCUUAAAGAAUGGAAAACCGUGCCGUGAUUUUCUGUGACAAAUGUUGGACUCGCGUUUAAUUUAUAUUAAUUUAUUUUCAACAUAUUCUCCGCACACUUUGUGCUGUAAAUACUUUUAUUCAUUUUUAUAUGUAUGCACUUUUUAAUUUUGAUGCUAUUUUAUAUCUGCUGUACUCUUGUAUGUUAAUAAAAUGUGGGGAAAA